AACUUGGAGCGAACGGAACGGCAGGUGGAAAUGUAUGCGAGUUGAGGUGUGCUGGAGAGGGGGAAAAUUUGACGCGAACCAACCGUUUCUCUCUCUACAUUCUCUCUCUUCCAGUCGCUUCCCCCUCUCUCUUCCAGGACUUCCCCCAAAACAAUCUCUCUCUCUAAAACGAUUUUGACAUCGUCAUCUCUCUCUCUGUGCCUGCAAGGGAUUCUUAAUUCUAUCCAUUCAUUGCUUUCUAAUUGGGAGUUCCCUUUUGCUUUUUUGUUCCCAUGAUCAGGGAUCGAAGGAUGCAUGCUAAAUUCGUUCAUUAUAUUUAAUAAGCAUGGUGAAUUUUGAAUGAAAUUAUAGGACAAAAGGAAUGAGAGCAUGGCAAUGUCAAGGGAGGCUUCGGAGAAUUUCAUCUCCGAUGGCCAUCAUCAUCAUCAUCAUCAUCGCUAUUUUCAAAUGCAAUCAGAUGCUGCAAUUUCAUCGUUCCAUUCAUUUAGGCAAGGCCAGGAACCUGAAUGGAUUUUCGAGGAAUUGCCUAAGGCUACCAUUGUCUCAGUUUCUAGACCAGAUGCAAGUGAUAUCAGCCCCAUAUUGCUCUCUUACACCAUUGAAUUUCAGUACAAGCAGUUCAAAUGGCAGUUGUUGAAGAAAGCUUCACAAGUUAUCUACUUACAUUUUGCUCUGAAAAAGCGUGCAUUUAUCGAGGAAUUUCAUGAGAAGCAAGAGCAGGUCAAAGAAUGGCUUCAAAAUCUUGGGAUGGGAGAUCACACAGCUGUUGCUCAAGAUGAAGAUGAAGCUGAUGAGGAUGUUGUACCUGCACAUCAUGAAGAAAUGUAUUUAUCUAAGAACAGAGAUGUUCCAUCUAGUGCAGCUUUGCCUAUCAUUAAACCAGCAUUGGGUCGGCAACAAUCUAUUUCAGACCGAGCUAAGGUGGCAAUGCAAAAUUACUUAAAUCAUUUUCUCGGAAACAUGGAUAUAGCCAACUCCAGGGAGGUAUGCAAGUUUUUGGAAGUGUCGAAACUGUCUUUUUCACCUGAGUAUGGCCCUAAACUUAAGGAAGAUUAUGUAAUGGUAAGACACUUGCCAAAGAUUCAGAAGGAUGAUGACAGUAGGUGCUGUGCAUGUCACUGGUUCGAUUGUUGCAAUGAUAGUUGGCAAAAGGUUUGGGCCGUAUUGAAACCUGGAUUCUUGGCAUUACUGGGAGACCCAUUUGAUACCAACCUUUUGGAUAUAAUUGUAUUUGAUGUAUUGCCCUCUUCGGAUGGAAAUGGAGAAGGUCGAGUUUCCUUGGCUAAAGAGUUGAAAGAGCGUAAUCCUUUACGUUAUGGGCUUACUGUUUCUUGUGGGAGCAGGACCAUAAAGUUAAGGACUAAAAGUAAUGCCAAAGUCCGAGAUUGGGUUGCUGCAAUUAAUGAUGCUGGUUUGAGGCCUCCAGAGGGCUGGUGCUAUCCUCAUCGGUUUGGGUCUUUUGCUCCCCCAAGGGGUCUGACUGAUGAUGAGAGUGAGGCUCAAUGGUUUGUAGAUGGGCAGGCGGCAUUUGAAGCAAUUGCUUUGUCAAUUGAAGAAGCGAAAUCUGAGAUAUUCAUUACUGACUGGUGGCUCUGCCCAGAAUUGUAUCUACGUCGUCCUUUCAAUAGUCAUGAAUCCUCCCGGCUUGAUGCUAUCUUGGAAGCUAAAGCUAAGGAAGGAGUUCAGAUCUACAUCUUGUUAUACAAAGAAGUUGCUCUUGCUCUGAAAAUCAAUAGUGUGUAUAGUAAGCGGCGACUUCUUAGUAUUCAUGAAAAUGUGAAAGUUCUUCGGUAUCCUGAUCAUUUCUCUACUGGUGUCUAUCUCUGGUCCCAUCAUGAAAAGAUCGUGAUCGUUGAUUAUCAGGUUUGCUUUAUUGGAGGUCUGGAUUUAUGUUUUGGUCGAUAUGACACGGCUGAACAUAGGAUUGGUGAUCACCCCCCUUCAAUAUGGCCUGGGAAGGAUUAUUACAACCCCAGGGAAUCUGAGCCGAAUUCCUGGGAAGAUACAAUGAAAGAUGAACUGGAUAGGGAAAAAUAUCCUCGCAUGCCGUGGCAUGAUGUUCACUGUGCGCUCUGGGGACCGCCUUGUCGUGAUGUUGCGAGGCAUUUUGUUCAACGAUGGAACUAUGCAAAGAGGAACAAGGCUCCCAAUGAGCAAGCAAUUCCUCUUCUUAUGCCUCAUCAUCAUAUGGUUAUACCACAUUACAUGGGGCAUAGCAAAGAGAUGGAUACCAAAAAUGGGAGACAAGAAGAACAGCAUCAAGGAAUAACUCGGCAAGAUUCAUUUUCCUCUCGAUCAUCAUUCCAAGACAUCCCAUUGCUUUUGCCUCAAGAGGCCGAUGGUCAAGACAAGGGCAGCGGAAUUCCAAAACUGAAUGGCGUGGAUAUGACUCAUAACUUACUUGACAAUAAGAGCCUAAGCUUUCCCUUUAGGCGGUCCAAGGUUGAGCGUCAUGUGCCAGAUAUGCAAAUGAGAGGAUUUGUGGAUGACCAAGAUACCAUUCAUCCUCAUCAGCAAAUGUCAUUGGAUUCAUCCACACAACAAAAUCUAAUACAUCUGGAUAAGGAAUGGUGGGAAACACAAGAACGGGGUGAUCUGGUUGUUUCUGUAGAAGAAACUGGACAAGUUGGUCCCCGCACCCCCUGUCGUUGUCAGGUUGUCAGAAGUGUUGGCCAAUGGUCUGCUGGUACAAGUCAAACUGAGGAGAGCAUACAUAAUGCUUAUUGUUCACUAAUUGAAAAGGCGGAGUAUUUUGUGUACAUAGAGAAUCAAUUUUUCAUAUCAGGUCUUUCUGGAGAUGAAAUAAUCAGGAACCGUGUUUUGGAAGCACUAUAUAGACGCAUUAUGCGAGCAAAUAGUGAACAAAAAUGUUUUAGGGUCAUCAUAGUAAUUCCUCUAUUGCCUGGAUUCCAGGGGGGAUUAGAUGAUGGAGGUGCCGCAUCUGUUAGAGCUAUCAUGCACUGGCAGUAUCGAACUAUUUGCAGGGGACCACAUUCAUUAUUGCAAAAUUUGUAUGAUGUACUUGGUCCUAAAACACAUGAUUAUAUCUCCUUUUAUGGUCUUAGAACUUAUGGGAAACUUUCCGAGGGUGGUCUUGUGGCUACCAACCAGAUUUAUGUUCACAGCAAAGUAAUGAUAAUAGAUGACCAUGCAGUCCUGGUAGGUUCUGCUAAUUUAAAUGACAGGAGCUUGCUUGGGUCGAGAGACUCUGAGAUUGGUGUUCUUAUUGAAGACAAGGAUUUUGUUGAUUCUGUCAUGAAUGGGGGUUCUUGGAAAGCUGGAAAAUUUUCUUACAGUCUUCGGCUGUCACUGUGGUCAGAACACCUUGGACUUAAUGUGAAUGAGCUCAAUAGAAUCAGUGAUCCUGUGGAUGAUGCAACCUAUAGAGAUAUAUGGAUGGCAACUGCAAAGACAAAUACCAUGAUCUUCCAAGAUGUGUUUACAUGCAUCCCAAAUGACCUUAUUCCUUCCAGAAUGGCGAUUAGGCAAAGCAUUGCUUAUUGGAAGGAGAAAACUGGGCACACGACUAUCGAUCUAGGAAUAGCUCCUGAAAAGCUGGAGUCUUAUCAAAAUGGCGGAAUCAAAGCCAUGGAGCCCAUGGAGAGAUUAGAGUCGGUAAAGGGGUAUCUCGUUUCCUUCCCCUUGGAUUUUAUGUGUCAAGAAGAUCUUAGACCGGUGUUUAAUGAAAGUGAAUAUUAUGCAUCUCCUCAAGUAUUCCAUUAGGUGAGAAGAGUGUAAAUCUUGCCCCAUAUCAUUUCCUUUUGGCACACCAUUGUAUUAUUUUGUAAAGAAACUAAGAGGAAAAUAAAUGCGCGAAUGUAACAAGUAUACACUUGAUUAACUGCUCUUCAUAAUUAAACUCCAGAGAAAAUUUGGAAAUA